GCUUUGCGUGCGUGUUUGCGUACAGCGGAGGUGGCGGCGCGGGCAGGUCGGAGCUCGGAGCUGCUGCUUCUGUUUCUCUUGUGGCCGCCGUCGCUGUCCGGCUGCCUUGGGCUGCCGAACAGACAAGGCGUGGGCCACAGCACCUCAGAAGCCGACGCAGCUCGACGCAGGGGCCGGCAGGAGGGUGGGCGAUCGCGUGUCGGAGGGCGCCGCGCGGGCAGGCGGGCGGGCGCCAGAGGGGGAAAGAGGCGGGGGCGGCGGGUCAGCCGCUGGCCGGGCCGGCCGGGGGAUGUCGAUGCCUGACGCGAUGCCGCUGCCCGGGGUCGGGGAGGAGCUGAAGCAGGCCAAGGAGAUCGAGGACGCCGAGAAGUACUCCUUCAUGGCCACCGUCACCAAGGCGCCCAAGAAGGUGCGGGGGCUCUGGGUGGCGGCGGGGGCUCGGGCUCCGGCCUCGCGGAAGGGACGCGAGCAAGCCCGGGCUCUGGCUAGUUUGGGACUUCUGGGGGUGACUGGGGACGGCGGAGGUGAUGUAGGGGGUGGCGGCUGUGCGGCCCCAGGCCUCUCCCGGGCUGAAAGGCCGCCUCUGACCUCGCUUUCCUUUGUCCCUCGGCCCAAGUCCUCCGGGAUCGUUUUGAAACCCGACAGGGCCAGGCCUUAAAUUUGCGACUGACUUUUCCUGGAUGAAGGGCCUCGAAGACGAGAGUGGGAGGGGGUGAACCAACUCAGCUGACCCUUGUGACCAGUCCGGGGGCAUGGGGUGUACAGAAAAUCUCCCUUCAGCAAAUCCAGUUUGCUGAUGACAUGCAGGAGUUCACCAAAUUCCCCACCAAAACUGGCCGAAGAUCUUUGUCUCGCUCGAUCUCACAGUCCUCCACUGACAGCUACAGUUCAGCUGCAUCCUACACAGAUAGCUCUGAUGAUGAGGUUUCUCCCCGAGAGAAGCAGCAAACCAACUCCAAGGGCAGCAGCAAUUUCUGUGUGAAGAACAUCAAGCAGGCAGAAUUUGGACGCCGGGAGAUUGAGAUUGCAGAGCAAGACAUGUCUGCUCUGAUUUCACUCAGGAAACGUGCUCAGGGGGAGAAGCCCUUGGCUGGUGCUAAAAUAGUGGGCUGUACACACAUCACAGCCCAGACAGCGGUGUUGAUUGAGACACUCUGUGCCCUGGGGGCUCAGUGCCGCUGGUCUGCUUGUAACAUCUACUCAACUCAGAAUGAAGUAGCUGCAGCACUGGCUGAGGCUGGAGUUGCAGUGUUCGCUUGGAAGGGCGAGUCAGAAGAUGACUUCUGGUGGUGUAUUGACCGCUGUGUGAACAUGGAUGGGUGGCAGGCCAACAUGAUCCUGGAUGAUGGGGGAGACUUAACCCACUGGGUUUAUAAGAAGUAUCCAAACGUGUUUAAGAAGAUCCGAGGCAUUGUGGAAGAGAGCGUGACUGGUGUUCACAGGCUGUAUCAGCUCUCCAAAGCUGGGAAGCUCUGUGUUCCGGCCAUGAACGUCAAUGAUUCUGUUACCAAACAGAAGUUUGAUAACUUGUACUGCUGCCGAGAAUCCAUUUUGGAUGGCCUGAAGAGGACCACAGAUGUGAUGUUUGGUGGGAAACAAGUGGUGGUGUGUGGCUAUGGUGAGGUAGGCAAGGGCUGCUGUGCUGCUCUCAAAGCUCUUGGAGCAAUUGUCUACAUUACCGAAAUCGACCCCAUCUGUGCUCUGCAGGCCUGCAUGGAUGGGUUCAGGGUGGUAAAGCUAAAUGAAGUCAUCCGGCAAGUCGAUGUCGUAAUAACUUGCACAGGAAAUAAGAAUGUAGUGACACGGGAGCACUUGGAUCGCAUGAAAAACAGUUGUAUCGUAUGCAAUAUGGGCCACUCCAACACAGAAAUCGAUGUGACCAGCCUCCGCACUCCGGAGCUGACGUGGGAGCGAGUACGUUCUCAGGUGGACCAUGUCAUCUGGCCAGAUGGCAAACGAGUUGUCCUCCUGGCAGAGGGUCGUCUACUCAAUUUGAGCUGCUCAACAGUUCCCACCUUUGUUCUGUCCAUCACAGCCACAACACAGGCUUUGGCACUGAUAGAACUCUAUAAUGCACCUGAGGGACGAUACAAGCAGGAUGUGUACUUGCUUCCUAAGAAAAUGGAUGAAUACGUUGCCAGCUUGCAUCUGCCAUCAUUUGAUGCCCACCUUACAGAGCUGACAGAUGACCAAGCAAAAUAUCUGGGACUCAACAAAAAUGGGCCAUUCAAACCUAAUUAUUACAGAUACUAAUGGACCAUACUACCAAGGACCAGUCCACCUGAACCACACACUCUAAAGAAAUAUUUUUUAAGAUAACUUUUAUUUUCUUCUUACUCCUUUCCUCUUGAUUUUUUUCCUAUAAUUUCAUUCUUGUUUUUUCAUCUCAUUAUCCAAGUUCUGCAGAUCACACAGGAACUUGCUUCAUGGCUCUUUAGAUGAAAUAGAAGUUCAGGGUUCCUCACUCUAGUCACUAAAGAAGGAUUUUACUCUCCCAGCCCAGAAAGGUGAUUCUUUCUUUACCAUUUCUGGGGACUUUAGUCUUAAUUAGGUACCUUAUUAACAGGAAAUGCUAAGGUACCUUCUCUGUGGAACAAUCUGCAAUGUCUAAAUCGCCUUAAAAGAGCCCAUUUCUUAGCUGCUGAAAUCAGUGCUCUUUCACUUCUUCAGAGAAGCAGGGAUGGUACCUACCCGGCAGGUAGGUUAGAUGUAGGUGGUGCAUGUUAAUUUCCCUUAGAAGUUCCAAGCCCUGUUUCCUGUGUAAAGGUGGUAUGUCCAGUUCAGAGAUGUGUAUAAUGAGCAUUGCUUGUUAAGAUCAGGAGGCCCACUUGGAUUUAUAGUAUAGCCCUUCCUCCACUCCCACCAGACUUGCUCAUUUUUCUAGUUUUUAACUAGACUACACUCUAUUGAGUUUAAUUUUGUCCUCUAGGAUUUAUUUCUGUUGUCCAAAAAAAAAGAAAAGAAAAAUUAAGGAGAAUUUUUAGUGUUAAUGCUGAGGAAUUGCUUGAGUGGUUAGUUGUUACCAAUUUCUCUUUUGAACCUUUGGAGCUAAGGGUGCUGAGUCUAGAGAAAUGCUAGUCUCAAGCCCUGUUAAGUCCCUCUGUUUCUAGCCCGUAGUUCAUAGCAUCAGUGAACUGGAGCCAUAGCAGCAAAUUCUAUCAGCUGUGUACCAUGCAGCUUGUGCUGAAGGCGAAUUUCUUGAGCCAUUACUCAGUAUAAAGCACUGAGUUCUAUCUUUAGGAUUUAUCUUUAAGAGCAAAUUUCUGGUCAGCUGUGCUUCUGCAACCUAAAAUAUUUAAAGGGAGGUAGGUGUGGGCAGGAGGAGGAAUGAUAAAUUGGGCCAGGGCAAGAAAAAUCUAGCUUCAUAUAAUUUGUCUGGGACUAUACACCCUACAUAAUGUUAGUUUUACAGAAGUAAUAUGACUUUUGAUUGCUACAUACCACAAAGAGUUUAUGAACUGAGAUCAUAAAGGGCAACUGAUGUGUGAAGAAAGUAGUCAGUACAUCCUGGCUCAUGCUCUGAAAGAAUAUCCAGAGAGGCUCUCUCAAAGAUCAGGGAGAUGUAUUCCCAUGCCAUGCACCCUGCUUCCCAGCAUUUCUGCAUGGUCAAGUGAGCUUUAUGCUCAUGAGCUUUAAGUAUAUAAUUAUCCAGGAUUUUAAAUCCUCAACUUGUUCUAGCUUGUGAUCCCUCAAAGUUGGGUCAUACGUUAGUGCUAGAUACUAGAAAUUUUCACUUUUCCACUGAUCAGAGAGACAGACAUUAAAAACAAAAAUAGAAGAAAGGAAAGCUUUCACCCUGCAGCUUCUUAGCAGGGGACAAUUGUCUUGCCAAAACUUUUUUCCCUUUUCUCUCCCAUUUUCUUUUACCCAAUCCCUUCUUACUCCUUGCCAGUGUGACCAUGCUUUCUUCUCUGUAGAUGUUAACAGUUAAGGCCUAUUUUCCUCGGGCACUUAACCAACCAAUCAGAACACCACAUCUGUUAGGGGAGGUAACCUGGCCAACAGUGUAUCCAUCACGUUAGCCCUGCUGGAGGGAAGGGACCCACAUUCACCUGCCCUCUGACCUGCCCCUUGAUCCCAUAUCUAUUACCGUGUCCAUAGGAAUAAUAGGUAAGGGCUCUGUCUCUGUCAAGCCAUGUAACAAAGGACACUGUAAAAAAAAAAAAAAAAAAAAAAAUCUGGCAUCAGAGGGAGCAUGUGGAGAGCAACUUGGGAAGAACAAGUUCAUUUUGUAUUGAAUGAUUUUUAAUGAAUGCAAUAUUAAUCCUUGCAGAUGAGCAAUAAUCAUUAAAAUCGAUUAAAAUGAUAAGACCUUA